AUUUUGUCCACCGUACUUCCUGGCUCCAGGGGUGCGGUUUUGUGACUAGUUUCUGAGUGCUAAACUGGUAGCUACUGCUAGCCAGCUAACAUUACAGUUCUAAAAGGGGAUAUUUCCGAAGUGCGAAUUAUGAGAUUUAAGCAGACAUUAUUUACGAAUCUGUAGCUAAUACCUGGUGCUUGCAGAUCGUAGCGGUAGUGAGUGGCGGGGAUGCUGCUUUGCAAUGGGAAACAUUUUCGGCAGAAAGAGACGCCCCACUCGAGUGACGGAGCAGGACAGAGCCGUUCUUCAACUGAAACAGCAACGAGAUAAACUGAGACAGUACCAGAAGAAAAUCUCAAUACAGCUGGAAAAGGAGCGGCUGCUGGCGAAACAACUUCUUAAGAAUGGAAAGAAAGAGAAGGCCCUGCUUCUGCUCAAGAAGAAGCGGUACCAGGACCAGCUGCUGGACAAGACAGAGAACCAGAUCAGCAACCUGGAGCGCAUGGUUCAGGACAUUGAGUUUGCCCAGAUUGAGAUGAAGGUUAUCGAAGGCCUGAAGGUUGGAAAUGACUGCCUGAAGAAGAUGCAUGAGGUCAUGUCCAUCGAAGAGGUGGAGAGGAUCAUGGAUGAGACCCAGGAUGGCAUCGAGUACCAGAGGCAAAUUGACGACAUGCUGGCGGGCUCCCUGACGCAAGAGGACGAGGACGCUGUGUUGGCAGAGCUUGAGGCAAUCACUCAGGGGGAAGAGGUGGAGCUCCCGGAGGUGCCCACCGAGCCUCUGCCCGAGGCCCCCGAGGAGGAACCAGAACCAGAACCAGAACCAGAGAGAGGAGUGAAGAAGCCGGAGAGAGAGAUGCUGGCUGUGUAAUAAUACCUCCGGAGCCCGGUGGGCCACCGUGUACGCGCCUACGCCUGCACUGUACACACCAACGGCCACGCUGUACACACCAACCCAUCGCUGACCCGUCUCACCCCCACCUCCCAUCCCAGGAACAGCCAGAGAGGCUGACAUACACAUACCUGCUCUCUCUCUCUCUCUCUCUCUCUCUCGCUCUCGCUCACACACACACAUGUUUCUGAUGAAUUCCAAUUGUUUAUUGUUAGGGGUCAAGGUUAACUGCUAUUGAAAUGACAUGGGUAUAAACGCACACUGGCACACUUUGGCAGUUGUAGUGAUCUGAUUGCUGAUUGGCCCUGUUUUUGGGACCUCUUCUGAAGUCAAGGUAUCACUGACUUCACCUAACGGUUUGAUCUCCUGAGCGGAGUGGUCAGGGCGGCGGUCAGUCACUCUGACCGUUGUGCUGUCCCAGCUCGUUAGAGAGGCAAGCUCUGGGGGAGGGCCGGCAGCCGGCAUUCCUCCUCUGUAGACCCAGCCCAGGCUCCCUGAGACCCUGUUCUGGAGCUUACUUCCAGGUGAUAAAAUAAAGAGAACCUCUUAUAGGGCAGAUUCCAAAAACACAUCAGUGCCACUAGCGGUAGCUACCCUCCAGCGGCUGACUGAGCUUCUGCAUCCACGUACGGAGAGGAGGUUCCUUCUGCAGCAUAAAUGGUGAUGAGUUGUUCAUCUAGUGAUGGAACAGUUGGUUUCUUUAAACCAAAAUUUUGACCGGAUACCAUAUGCUAUUUGCGACUCAUUGCGAUUUGCUGCUGAAUGAACACUGCGUUGAUUGGUUCAAACGAGUAAAUGAUGGACAGCUCAAUGUAGCUCUGUUAUGGUAUCCAUGAAGCCUCUCUCUCAUUACAGCUUAGAGACCUAUACAGCCCCCCAACAUGUGUACCUGUUGAGGUGUGUAUAAAGUUUGCCCACCAGUUAAGUAUAUAAACUCCAGCUACAUUAGCAUGUUCAGGUUGAGCAAAUGAGGUGCUUUCUGGCAAGGAAACGCACUGUUACUCUUUUUCUUUUGGAUUUUUUUUUCUCUUUUAUUUUCUUAACAGUUUACCAAGCAGGAUAGUUGAAAGUUUUGACUUGGCUCCAGUCUUAAUAAUUUGUGUAAAUGAUGGCCAGACUGACAGCCACAGUGUGUGUUUCAACAUGGUGACACCUGACAAGUAAAAGAAGCUAUUGGAAGAUAUUGGGGUGCAGUCUGAUUCUGGAGACACCCCGCUUAAAUACCACCUCUGUUUAACCCGCAAUUCACUUAAUUGUUUUAUAUAUAACUCUUUUCACUUGACGAACAUUGGGCAUUCAGCCUUUACUCAAAUUAAGAAGUAAAACCUUUGUAUCGUUGUACUCCCUUGCACAUGUGUUACUGUGUUUCUCAGUGAAUCUUUGAGGGAUGCAUGCAAGCGUUGUACUAAUACUUUCCUUACUAAAUUAUACUCGUACAUUAUUCUCUAAUCAGUACCUGUUGUGUGAUCUGCAUACGUUUCACAGAUUGCAAUAGAAUUAUUAUUUUAUUUGUUUUUAUUUUAUCAAACAUAUGGACAAAACCUAUUGCAGCUUGGUGAAGCCGAGGCCUGAACAGUUUUUAGUGACAGGAGUAUCGCCUCAUAUAGAGAUAUAUACAGACAAAAUCCACUCCUAGUAGGUUGAACUACCAACCACUCGUAAAACUGUGGCCCUUUUUAAAUCAUGUUUCAUUUUUAUAAUGUCCCUCUAAUCACCUGUUAAAAUCAAGACGACAGAACCCCUUUUUUUUUUUUUUCAUUUACAGACCGCUUAAUAUUCUCCAAAGGCUUAAAAUGUACUCUCAAACUGUGACUCCAGAACGAAAGGGUCUCUGGUACAUGCUGUAAGUAAUAUAGCAAACUGAUACACUCUUGAUGGUUGACAUUUUAUCUCCAUUUUCUUGUUUUGGUAUUCUGCGACAAUAAAAAUGAUUUUUAAUUGUU